GGCGGCGCUGCCAGAGACGCAAGGCCCGGCCCGGUAGUUCCGCCGCGCCCAUGGGGCCCCGUGGCCCCGCCGGGCCGCGCUGCUGCGUCGUCUACGCCGUCCUGGGUGCCCUGGUCUGCGGCCUGCGGCCGGCGGCGGCGAUGGCGGCGAGCGACGAGAGGCGCUCGACGAGCCCGGUGGUGGCCACGCCGUGUUGGCGGGUGGAGGACUUCGUGGUGGCACAGGAGUGUACCCGCUGCUCUAGCUUCGAGGCGAAGACGAUAAUGGAAUGUCACCCCACGGGCUUCAUUGAGAAGAUCAGCUGUGCCACCUCCAAGAGGGACGAGUUCAAGAGCUGUCGUUCCGCGGUGAUGGAGGCGCACGUUUUCUGGAGGUUCGUCGGCACCAUGAUGUGCGUUGCCGCCAUCUUCGCGGUGCUGGUGGUGUGUCGCCAGCGCGUGCUGGACAGGAAGGCCCUGGAGAAGGUCCGCAAACAGAUCGAGUCUAUUUAGCAGAGCACGGCCGCCCUGGAGCGGAGGACUCUGCUCGCCCGCUGCUCCCAACCGGGUGGGAGGGAGGAGGAACGGGUGCCUGCGGCAGGCUCUGCCCUGCUCCAUGAACACGGAAUCCUGCUGGGAGCUGCCUCGGAUGCCACCGGGGCGUCCCGUGGGACCGGCUGAGGGGUGCUCUGCCCGUGUGGGGGGGGGGGCCCCCGAGGAGCGCGGUGUGUAAUAAAUCCUGAUCGUUGUCACCGGA